AUGUCAACCCCACCGAGAUCAAGCCGAAAGCGGGCUCCAAAAGAGACCCCUAACCCCCUAUCUGCUGGGCCAACCUUGGAGCCAGUUCUUUAUGCAGUGACUGAAGUGGUGGCGGUGGGUGAAGUGGUGGUUCUCCCGGUAUCCACAGAACCAUUGUCGCCUGUGGAUUUGACGACGGGGCCGAUGGACGCCGCGGAACCAAACCAUACCUCCGAGCUGCAGGAUUUGAAAUUACAGCUUGAAGCCCUCGCCUUGCAGCCCCUCGCUCUCCAAAGGAUAAGUCAACAUGCGAUUCUUGGGGCGGAAGAACGAGUUUUGAGCCUGCGGUACCUACAGGCACAAUGCCAUGGAAAGGCUCGCCUUCAGGCACAAGGUUAUACCGUCGGGAUCGUCGCAGAAGAUAAGAGGAAACGCCCAUCUAUUCCGAACGCACUCUUCCGUCACACGCCUGUAGCUCACGCGGGCAAAGGAACAGAGAGAAAAGCGGUUGUUCUCGAUUGUGAGAUGGUACAAGUCGCCAACGGGCGUCGGGAACUCGCUUAUGUGACCGCUGUCGACUUUCUCUCGGGCGAAGUGCUCUUGGACCACUAUGUGCAACCAACCGCCAAGGUUGUCCACUGGGACUCUCGAUACAGCGGUGUGACUUGUAGUGCCAUGAACAAGGCAGUCCGGAAUGGACAAGCAUUGCUUGGGUACUCCAAAGCGCGCGAGAUGUUAUGGAGAUUCGUGGAUACUGAAACAGUGCUGAUCGGCCAUUCCCUGAACAACGAUCUCGACGUCUUGGGCAUCAUACACCCCAAAAUCGUCGACACUUCUAUCCUCACCAGCGAGGCUGUCUUCAAUGAUUUACUUCCGGGCCAGGCCCUGUCGCGCACAUGGAGCUUGAAAACUCUCACCAAGGAGCUGGCUGGUUAUGAUAUCCAGGCCGGGAAACAAGGUCACAGUGCCUUUGAAGACACCAUGGCCACGCGCGAUAUCUUGAUUUGGUGUAUCAGGAAUCAGAAAUUGUGGGAUAUGUGGUCAGCGGAAGUUCGGGGCCAGGAGAAGAUUCGUGCUCUGGAACGGGAGAUCGCGAAGCUCCAGGCAAAGCUGGAGCAAGAGAAGAAGAACCAGGAAGAGUCAAGGAAGGAGAGGCAUAAGGAGAAACUGGAAUUCUUGAAACUUGCAGCCGGGCUCUCAUGA